CUUAAGAAAUUUGGAAAACUGAAAAGAUCUAUCCACACAGAAAUUUCCAUCAAAACGGAAACAGAUUUCCAAAUUUCAAUAAAUGUGAUCACCUCGUAAAAAUCAGUUGUAGAUGCGUGACAGGAAUAAUUCAAGUGCCCCAACAGACCCAGCAGCAACAAACCCAACGACAAAAAUCGUCAAAGGACCAAAAACCGGUCAAAGACGCGAAACACUGGCAGCAACCGGUAGACGAGAAAUCCUACGAAAUCGUGACGAGUGAGCAACCUCGAAUCCAUCAGGUUGCGAGUGCGAGCGAGAAAUCAAAGAGCAAACAUGUGACAUUUUAAAUCAAUCUUGAAUUAAACAUUUAUGCAAACAGUACAAAUCAUCAUAAAUAUACGAUGAAAUUAUUGAAAAACAAAAUGGGUAUUUUUUUUAACUGACAAACUAUAAUUCGAGUAUUUUAUGAGUAAUGUGAUUCACAGUGUGGGACACAGUAUGAAAGUUUAUAAUUUGGACAUUUUACAAAGGUGAACAAGACGAUGCAAUGAAAGGAAGAACGGGGACCAUCACGAAACUCACUCUUGCAUCCUACUGUGUCACCCCGAGCCAAAUGACUGACACUUCUUGUCAGACUACUGUCAGCAAAGAUUCGAAAGCCACUAAGAAGGCAGAAACAGUGGUGAAGAUAACAGAGCCAGCGGUGAAGAUAACAGAACCAGAGAAGAAGGACAAGAAAUUGACCGAGGUACAAAUACCAGAAAAGGAGAAAAAAGAGAAAGAUUCGAAGAAACUAAAGCCCGUGUUAAAGGAGUCGAAAGCAGAAUCGAGCAAAAAAGAAGCUGCGAAAGUUGCGGAAACAGAAGUGAAGAUAACCGAAUGCGUGAGAACACCUGCAGAAAAGCCAACAGAUUCGGUAAAAUGCGUGACCCAAGAAAAGCCUGUAGAUACGGUUUCUCAAGAGACAGCCAAGGAAUCGAUCGACGGAGAGGAAAAACUGUCGAUGACACCCACAGAGACCAAACAGCUGAUUUCUCCACCGAGGCUCGUGGCGGAAAUGAUCGAUCGUCUACAGGAAAUCGAAGGGAAUAAGCAGGAUUUGUCGACCGCCAGCGAGAUUUCGAGGAAAGGCACCGAUAAAACGGAAAGCAAAGUGGGAACGAGUGAGAAGAGCGAGGUGGGCACGUCGAGGAUCGUGGGUUUUGCUAAAGGACCCGACGAAAUAUUCAGUGAUGAUAGUCGGAUGAAAAGCUUGGACAGUCAGAAUGAUUCGAGUAACAUUACCAUGGACAGUAAACUUUCGUCUUAUAUAUCGAGGGAGAGCUCUGAAGCGUAUGGCUAUUCUGACAAGGACGUAUUGAAACCUGUGAAAAGUGGAAACGAAACGGAGAAGGUGGAACGAUCGUCGGACUCCAUUGUGAUACCUAAACCUCACAUGGGAACGCAAACGAAACCUGGAGAGGCGCCAAACCCGAACCGACAAAAAAGGACCUACAUUUUCCAAAAGAAGAACAAAGUCGAACCAGCCGAAGUGACACAUACGGAAACGGACGUUCAAACCUUGAGUUACGAAGCCCAAUCCGAGAAAAGAGUCCAGCGUUGCAAGCUGUUAAUGUCUGUCCAUCCUGCAGGAGACUACAAGUUCUAUAUAAAGAUGGCAGUGAGAAGCGUUUAAAGUGUGCCGGCUGUAAAAAUUUCAUACGUCCAAAACGCAGUUACGAAUUGCAGGAUAAUGCUGGAAUUCGAAAUAAGAUUAAUGGUUGUCCAAACUGUGGAAAAGUGCAGGAGCAACUGGUGGCUCCGAUAUUAUCAAAUUAAAUAAUAAUUUGUCUCAAAAUACUAUUAAUUGAAGGUGUUAUUGAAGAAAAUAUAAUUUUAAGAUGUCUGUGUAAAAGAUUUCCAUGUACAUACUUUGAAAUCGAC